CCCUGCAAACUUGCUAUCGCAUUCUGAACGGUGUGUGCGACGUACACGAGACACCGAUUUUUUAUAACCAAUUCAUUUAAGCGAUUCAAUAUAUGGUUAAACGUUUAUAAACAUGUAUUUAUAUAAUUAAACACACUUCUCCUGAAAAUGUCAAUGAUCGCACUUUAUUUAAGGUACAUAAUCUCAGUUGCGAAAUUUGUUCCAGUGGAGAAACAUGUUUGUCUAUUACGCUCUCGCUGUUAUUAUUUCCCUGUUAAUUUACUACUUUCUUUUAAAAAAUGAUCAUAGCAGCAAGGAACCACCAGGACCAAAACCAUGGCCAAUUAUAGGAAAUCUGCUCGAUUUGGCAAAGGCAUCGGAUAACAUGACCUUGUCGAUGGGAAUAUUGGCAGAAAAAUAUGGGGAAAUAUAUUCCUUAAAAAUUGGAUCUAAAAGGACAGUUAUCCUCACAUCGAAAGAAGCCAUGCAAACCAUCUUCACCAAUGAAGCCACGUUUGCCCGAGAUUUCUCGGGAAUGUUUGCAGACCGAAGUUUCAAUAAAAAUUUAGGAAUUGCUUUUUCUGAAGGAGAAGUUUGGGAAAAGUUGCGACCUUGGGCGUUUAAAACUUUAAAGGAAUACGGUUUUGGUAAAUCUUCCGAUAUGGAACAUUUCAUUCAGGUUUCAUCCCAACGUCUAUUCGCCUCAAUUGAUGCCAUAAUCGGAAUCGACAAGAAGAGUUGUGACCUCGAUGUCGAGCUUCUCUUCAAUAAUCCCAUUCUUUCCAUCAUGUGGCAAAUGGUGGUUGGCCGAAUUUCUCCGAACGAUGAACCGCACUUAAAACUCAUCGGAGAAAAAGGGUAUGCCUUUAUUCGAGCCAGUAUUUUUGGGACAGGGAUCGUCAAUGCGUUCCCGUUCUUGAGAUUCGUCUUUCCAAAAGCGUUAGGAUACGAUGUGCAAAUGGAUUUCUUCAAAACUUGCAAUGCAAUUGCUCUGAAAUUAUUCCAAGAAAUGGAACAAAAAUCGAAGAAAUCACACAUAACCCCUACAAAUUUACUAGAAGCGUUUGUCCUAAAUUGUGGCACAGACCCAAAAAUUUUCAAUAGUGAAAAUUUCCAGCUCACAUUUCAAGACUUGCUGCUUGCCAGUACCGACACGACUAACAGUUUCAUGGAAAUUGUCACGCUCUAUCUCGCCGCUUAUCCGGAUGUGCAAGAGAAAAUUUAUCAAGAAAUUUUAACAGUUGCAGAAAAUGGGGAAGAGCUUAGUUUUGCAGAUAGGAAAAAGAUGCCGUACAUCCAAGCCUUCUUCUUGGAGACGCAUCGAAAGGGACGAGUCCUGCAAAACAUGGUGCCGCGUCGCGCUCUGUCAGAUCUUGCUUACAAAGACUACAUUAUCAAAAAGGAUACCAUUAUCAUGGCCGAUACACGGCUCUACUAUGAAAGCGAGGAAAAUUGGACAGAUCCAGAUGCAUUUAGACCGGAGCGUUUUCUUAACGAGGAUGGACAAAUUGUGAAUGCAGGGAGCAUUAUCUCUUUUUCCUUUGGGAAAAGAAAUUGUCCUGGAGAACUGUAUGCGAACAUUGUUUCGUUUCUCUUGACUACCUCACUCCUCCAACGGUACAAAUUAAGCGUUCCUAAAGGUCAAGAAAUUCCAAGGUUAGACUUGAAGCCGGGAUUAACUCUAAAACCGUAUCCUUUUCAAGCCGCAUUUACCAAGCGAUAAGAUACGGGGAUGAAGUAUUUUUGUGCAGUAUUGAUAAAUAGUUAUACACAAAUGCACAUUAUACAUAUUAGCAACGUGUUUUUAUAAAUUUCGUGCUAAUUCUAAGUUAUUUACAAAAUAGUGGAAUACGUAAUAAAAACAGCGAACUUCAUUUUUUUUCGAAAUGUA